CCUGGCUGGGGCUUCGCAGGGGAGGAGAGCAGGGGGCGGCCCCGACGCGCCUCGCCAGCCGUGGCAACGUCAGGCAGCCGCUGGUGAUUUGCUAGCCGCGCCGCCGAGCGCAGCUAGAGAGCCUGAGAGCGGGCGCUGCGAACUCGCCUGACGCGCCGGCGAUGCUGUUCCUCCGGCCGCCGCCGCUCCUCCGCCACUGCCGCCUCCUCCUCCUGCCUCCGCCGCCGCUGCUUCUUUAGCAGCCCGCAAGAGUUCCGCGGUGCAGAGCCCGCUCCGGAUCCUGCAGUGGAAAGACUCCCUGAUGCCUAGACCCCGGGAGUGUUAUGGAUUUGACUAAGAUGGGUAUGAUACAGCUCCAGAACCCCAGCCACGCCACCGGCCUCCUGCAGAAAGCCAACCAGAUGCGCUUGGCUGGGACCUUGUGCGAUGUGGUGAUCUUGGUGGACAGCCAAGAGUUCCACGCCCACCGGACAGUGCUGGCUUGCACCAGCAAAAUGUUCGAGAUCCUCUUCCACCGCAACAGUCAGCACUACACCUUGGACUUCCUCUCGCCAAAGACAUUCCAGCAGAUCCUGGAGUACGCCUACACGGCAACUUUGCAGGCUAAAGUCGAAGACCUGGAUGACCUUCUUUACGCUGCUGAGAUCCUGGAGAUUGAGUACCUGGAGGAGCAGUGCUUGAAGAUCCUGGAGACCAUUCAAGCAUCAGAAGACAACGAUGCCGAGGCCAACAUGGCUGACGGCAGCACCGAAGAGGAAGAAGACCGGAAGUCAAAGUACAUUAAAAACAUACUCAUCUCCAAGCAUUCCAGUGAAGAGAGUGGCUACUCCAGCCUGGCCAGCCAGAGCCUGAUGGUGGAGCAGAGCCCCUCGGUCUCCACCUCCUUCGGACUCUCGGCCAUGAGCCCCACCAAGGCCGCCGUCGACAGCCUCAUGUCCAUCGGCCAGUCCUUGCUGCAAGGGGCGCUGCAGCACAGCGGCCCCGAAGACUUGCACUCUGCCGGCGGUCGCCACCCAAACCUGUCCGAGGUGAAGACGGAAGCGAUGCAGGUGGAGGAGGCCUCCAGCCACGAGAGCCCACGGACGGCCGACUUGAGCGCUUCCGUGGGGGACAAAGGCGAUGACAAGAGCAAGCAAGGGCCCGGCACCCCCACGCGCAGCAGCGUCAUCACAAGUGCCCGCGAACUUCACUACCCCCGUGACGAGAAUGCUGACCAGUCCUCGGAGGCGGUCCAAGGCCCGCCAGCUGGGCCAGAUCUCAUGGUUUCCCACGGCGACAAGACGAUGGGCAUCUACCCUGUGCUACCCAAUCACAAAGGCGACUCCAUGCUGAGCAUCCCGUCCUCCAUGGCACCCGCUCUGCACGUUCAGCCGGCUCUCGCGGUGUCUAUGGACUUCAGCGCCUACGGGGGGCUCCUCCCACAAGGCUUCAUCCAGAGAGAGCUGUUCAGCAAGCUCGGGGAACUGGCUGUGGGUAUAAAAACUGAGAACCGAGCCAUUGGCGAACAGUGCAGCGUCUGUGGGGCAGAGCUUCCGGACAACGAGACAGUAGAGCAACACAGGAAACUGCACAGUGGGAUGAAGACUUAUGGGUGUGAAUUGUGCGGGAAAAGAUUCCUUGACAGCCUGCGGCUCCGGAUGCACUUAUUGGCUCAUUCAGCGGGUGCCAAAGCCUUUGUCUGUGACCACUGCGGAGCUCAGUUCUCAAAAGAAGAUGCUCUGGAGACCCACAGGCAGACCCACACUGGCUCGGACAUGGCCGUCUUCUGCCUGCUCUGCGGGAAACGAUUCCAGACACAGACCGCCCUGCAGCAGCACAUGGAGGUGCAUGCCGGAGUGCGCAGCUACAUUUGCAGCGAGUGCAACCGCACCUUCCCCAGCCACACAGCCCUCAAGAGGCACCUGCGCUCCCACACAGGUGACCACCCAUACGAGUGCGAGUUUUGUGGCAGCUGCUUCCGGGACGAGAGCACUCUGAAGGGCCACAAGCGCAUCCACACUGGAGAGAAGCCCUACGAAUGCAACGGCUGUGGCAAGAAGUUCAGCCUCAAGCAUCAGCUGGAGACCCACUACAGGGUCCACACAGGUGAGAAGCCCUUUGAGUGCAAGCUCUGCCACCAGCGGUCCCGAGACUACUCUGCCAUGAUCAAGCACCUCAGGACCCACAACGGAGCCUCCCCAUAUCAGUGCACGAUCUGCCUGGAGUACUGCCCAAGUCUUUCUGCCAUGCAGAAGCACAUGAAAGGCCACAAGCCAGAAGAGAUCCCCACCGACUGGAGGAUAGAGAAGACCUAUCUGUACCUUUGCUAUGUCUAACAGGACAAGAGGAGGGAUGGAGGGAUGGAGCUGGGAAGGACUGGGCAAAACCAACCACCCCCCUAAGUGGUCUCUGGCCUCCCUUCUCUCCUUUCCCCUUCUUCUUUUUCUCUCCCCAAUCCCACCCCACCCCACCUGGUUCUGUCUCUGUCCAACUAGGAUUUGCUGGCAACCUCCUUCCUAGCUCAUGAGGGUCCUUGUUGCAAUCGCAGCCGGAGUAAGAGAAGGAGGAGGGAAACUCUUUGGAGUUCCCUGGCCAAAACCCACAAGAGGCUAACAACAACAACAACAAAAAGCCCACCCCUCUCUCAGCCCAGCCCUAGCCAUGUCUUCAGUUGCCUCAUGUGUGUCUCUGUCUCUCCAUGCUCAUAAAGGGCCUUAGAAGGGGUUUGGUUUAGCCUCUUCUACUCCUUAGUGGGGCUGUUGCAUUUUACCAAGGCCUCAUUCAUGUUGUAAACUGAAACCAAGUCCUCACUCCUGCGUUGCCGUCCUGAUUUCCCCCAAGGAACCUUGGGAACUGCACUCUUACGAGGCCUCUGAGGAUUCUCUGUUAGGUAUAUUGUGACCUCGUUUAGAUGCAGAUCCCUAGCAGCCCACAAUCCUUGGGGAGAAGGACACCAGUCGGGACAGGCUUCAGUUUACAGUGUCGACAUUCCCUGGAAGCUGCUCUUCAUCUGCUUUCCCCGUCCCAUCCCUUUGGCAGGUGGCUCAAUCUCCCAGUCCAUUCUCUUUGGAGCAGGAGUGUUGCCAGAGGUUGAGGGGGCACCAAUGAAGUGGUGUGGGAUUGAAGAGGUGUGCCACAGAAGGUGCUGGGGUGAAAGUUUCAGAUGGUAUGUGGAGCAUUGUACCCUGCUUUCCUCAGUCUUGAGGGUCUUGCAGGGCAGAAGGGGUGGGAGUGCUGAAUGUUUGUGUCUGGCCUUAGUCAAGGGCCAGGGUAGGACUGUUCUUACUAUGCUCUCUGGAGUGGGGAGUGGGUAGGGCAAUGGAAGUGCUGAGAUGCCUGCAAAUCACAUUGUCAUUAUUUCCCCUAUAGACACCCCUCCCUGUGCUUCCAUUUUGGGCCUAUCGUUUGCAUCAUGGCUGUGC